CCGCCUUUUGUUAUUUGAUCAAUUAUGAACAUUUAAAUACACGUUUAAAACCAUUCUAUUGUUGAAAGGACAUGGGUACAAUCACCUGGAGCGGUUAUUUAAACACAUGUGUGAUUCAUUAUAAAAUCGUGACUAUAUACUAGUACUGUGUACAUUUUUACCUGGCGAUUUUUAUAUUAAGGAAACAGCUUGUGCAUUGAUUAUCUGAGGAUAUGUAAAUAUAGAUCAGCUCAAAACAACAAAAACAUGGCGUCUCGAUCACGAUUAGAUCGUAGUGAAGUUAGUUUGUGUGUGAAAUAUUUUUUAUUUUUCUUCAAUUUUAUUAUUUUGAUAUUAAGUUUUACAGCUGUAGGCGUAGGAAUUUGGAUUUUAGUUAUUAAAGAGAAAAAAGUGACCAGCUUUUUAGACGUUUUAUUAGACUUAUCAUUUUGGUUAGUGAUAUUUGGAGGAAUAUUUGGUAUCAUCAGCUUUUUUGGUUGUUUCGGUCCUCUCAGAGAAAAUAUAACUUUUCUUAAAAUUUAUCAUUGGUGUAUUACGGGAGGAAUUCUAAUAGAACUUCUGUUCGUCAUAUUUGUAUUCCUGUUUUAUUUCCAACCGGAUGUGCUCAAAGACUUGAAAAUUUAUCCCGAAAAUAUGUUUAAAGAUGGCAUCCAGUUAUAUCCGGAUGCAGAUGAAGAUGUUAAUGACUUUAUAGAAUUAGUUCAGCAAGAUUUAAUUGGAUGUUGUGGAUUCAGUAAUGACGAUGAAGGAUACAAACAAUGGGGACAAAACAUGUACUUUAAUUGUUCUGUGUCUGAUGAUAUGAAAGAUCUUAAUAAACUAGCAUGUGCUGUGCCAGAAUCAUGUUGUAAAUACAAGGACGGUGAAAUUAAAAAUUUACUCUGUGGAGCAGGCGUACUUAACAAAUCGCCAUCAGAAGUAAGCAAUCAGAUAUAUACAAGAGGAUGUUUAAAAGGCAUUGGAGACAUAAUUGCACAGAACUCAUUAGUGUUUGGUAUAAUUAUUGCUGUAGUCUUAGUUGUACAGAUGACAACUAUUUAUUUUGCAAAGAAUUUGAUAUUCCAAAUCAAACAACAGAUUAGAAAAUGGAAAUACAACCACAACAGAUAGAUAAAUAUUAGUUAUUUGUGUACAUGUGCCUCAAAGUUCUUUCAAAACACUGCAUAUUUUUUAAUCAAUGAAGACUAAAAAAUAGUUUGAUAGUCCAAUUGUUUGCUUACGUUUUUUUUCAUUUUGAAGGAUAAAACUCUCACAUCAAGUAUCAUUUAUAAAUUACACACAUGACUUAAAGUUUAUUGAAUAAUGAUUUGUAAAAUUGAAAACACUUGUUCCCUAUUUCACAUUUUCUAAAGUGCCUUUAGUCCUUUGAAAGGAAGAAUGUUGAGUCAGAAUCAAUAAGUCAUUUAUAUAUCAUCUUCCUUUAAUAUCAUUUGUUUUAUUCUCAUAGUUAACUUUAACUGUUAUAGCGAAGUAUUUUUAAACACCAUCCUCACAUCUGUGUUGUACUACCUGAUUCACUAGUGUUCGAAGUUCCCUGUUUACUUGCUUGGUUUCAACAGAUUUGAUUGUAGGAUCUUUUAUUUUUAUUUCAAAAUCUUAAAGUAGUAUUUGUAAAAGAAAUGUAGUUUUUCUAUACCAAUUGAAAGAGUUUUGUUUAUCUAUCAUAGCAAGAUUGGCUUCUGUUCUUGCCGACUGAAAAUAUAUUGUUGAUUGUUAAUUGAAUCCACAAUACCAACAAACCAAAGAUACAGUAUUUAUUCUUAAUACUUUUUCAAGUGGUGACCUUAAAUUGUUCUGUUUAGCUUUCUACAAUCUAAUGCAAGAAGAAAUAAUCUUUUAUUAAAUCAACGGAUUCUUCUUGUUGAACAGUCCUCCUCAAGAAAUUAAGGUGUUAUCCCUUUGUAGUAGAAAAGAAACGAAGUCUAGAUAUCAUAAACAGAAUGUGUAAGGAGAUCCUGUUUGAAUCGAUUUAAGACAAUAUUUUAGUGCAUAAUUUAUGAAAUGUUAUUGCUUAUAGUUUUCAAAUAUAUCAUGUGAUGAAUCCUGGUUUCUCCAGGUAAUUGAAAUAUUUAGAUGUAUAUUGAAUGUGAUUAUGUUAUAAAUUAGUCCCUGUCCUUCCAUUAUGAAUCAUUGUGGGUGUUUUUCUUGUUUCCAUCAAUAUUUAAGAAUGCAUAUAAUUUGUUUCACCUGUUGAAUGUAAAACAUGUUUUCACAAUUGUUAUGGCAAUAUGUAUGCAAUUAUUAUACCUGUUGCCAAGAGUAUAAUGCGGGGUGUGUUUUGUCAUUUGGUGUAGUUUUGAUAUACCCUCCCCACCCGAUUUGGGUUUGACCUUCGGUUUGAAUCUAAUCACACGAGUACCAUUAUAAUAAAUGUUAAGAGGACUAUUGUAAUUUUAUUUUGAAGAAGGUUAUCUUUCUACAUUCAAAAUUAAAGUGCAGGCAUUCUAAGAAGUGGGGAUUUUGUGUGGAUCUCCUCGCUUGAAAUUAGGUUCAAAUAACAAACUACAGUCUAAGUUCAAAAGUGUUUCACCUAUCGGAAAUAUCCCUAUUAUUUCAUUUAAAAACACAUUUUUAAUAUAAAUUCUAUAGAAGAUAUAUCUUUUCCAAAUUGAUUUUUUUUUCAUCAAAUAAAAAAAUGUCUGCAGUUUCUUGCAAUGAUAAUGAAAUAUAUCUAUGAUUUAUAUUUUUAGGGAAAUCUCUAUUUAAAGACAAAAGUGAAUUUCUGCACGAAAAAAUCAUAUGGCUAUAUUGGAAAAAAUGACAGUUAAUUUCAAUAUUUGUAUACAAAUUAGCAGUGACGUAUCAUAAAAUUGUUUCUUAAUAAAAUUUAAAAAACCUGUACACAUUUGUGAGUUUAACAUUAGACUUUCUUCAAAAUCGGACCUCAAAUAAGUUGUAAUAAGUAAAAUAACAAAAAUACUGAACUCCAAGGAAAAUUCAAAACGGAAAGUCCCUUAUCAAAAUCAAAAGCUCAACCACAUCAAACGAAUGGAAAACAACUGCCAUAUUCCUGACUUCGUACAUGUAGAAAAUGGUGGAUUAAACCUGGUUUUAUAGCUAGCUAAACCUCUCACUUGCAUGACAGUCGCAUAAAAUUCCAUUAUAUUGACAACAAUGUGUGAACAAAACAAACAGACAAAAUAGGUAAAAAUGUCAAAAAUAGGGGUACAACAGUCAACAUUGUGUCAUAAUCUUAAUCACUAUAAAAACAAACAAAUAUGUCAACGAAGAAAAACAAAAUAGCAUAUAGCCAAAGCACAUAAGCAAAAUUGAAAGACAAGAUUACAAAAAGUGACCAUAGCACAAUAACACACUGUUUUUAAAAAAAUAUGUUUUUAUAUGAUGAAAUAGGGGAAUUUUGGAUAAGUGAAACACUUUUGACCUGAAGACUUUAUGUUGUAUAUGUACGAGAUGAUUUUAAAAGCGUAGUCCAAAUCCAUUUCAUAUAUAAGAAAGCACUAGAUUACCUUUAAUUUUAUUAUAAGUGUUUUUACACUUGGUAAAGGCAAACACGUUUUAUAUACACGUAUAUACAAUGUAAUUCACAACUGAGUUGGACAAUCACAAUGUUAAUUUUUCUUCGUUUUCGUAAUUGCUAUUUACAAGUCCGAUACUAUAUCAAAAUAAUUUGUGUAUUUUCGUUAGGAUGUAUGUAAUUAAAUAUAUAUUUACAGCCUUGUACAAUCACAAUGUAAUUCAUGAAAACUUUUUUCUGCUUAUUUUAUUGUACAGAAGGGGCAGCUAUAUUGUUUAAUUCAAAUGAAUGUAUAAUUAUUUACUCUUCUUUAGACAUAAUGAACUGACUUUCGGAACAGGAAGAUCAAUACAAAUGUGCCCAUAAAAUAUAUGAAAGCUUAAAUUCCUACAUUUAAGUGAAUAUUUUUUUAAAGAAUAAACAUUUUGGAAAUUAGAAUUAUCGCUUUUGUGUGAAUGAUCGAGUUUAAAAACUAUUGACUAAAUUCUGUUUGAAAAUAUUUAAUGCUUCCCUUUGCAAACACAGCAUGGAAAAGGCAAAGCACAAUUUUAAACAAAUGUAAUGUUAAUCAUGAUCUAUGAACAGGAAUUAUGUAACAAUGCACUGUGUAUUUCUAAGAACAAAGUUAUAACUUAACCAAGAGAGAAUACUUGCGAUAUGUAAGAUAAGAUUCAUACUGACACUUUUACUUUUACUUUUCGCGGAGCAGAAUAUUUUAAUGUACUACAGUAAGCAAAUGGAAUUUGCAAAUUCACAAAAAUAAAUACCAACCUGAAAACAUAGAAGAUACAAUUUUAUUUCAAAGAUGAUAUGAUCUUUGUUCAUACAAAAAAAGUUAUGAGAGAACAUGUGUGAAAAAUGAAAUGUUUUAUUAAGUGACAAUAACUAUUUUUAUAUAAUAUAUCACUGAAUUAUUUAACGUACUAAUUGAAAGAGUAUUUUUAUAUUUAUUCAGUUUUUUAUAAAAAUAAUAAUCAUGUGCUUAUGAAACACAGAAAAACCUUUUUUUUUUAAAUUUUAGUAGUAUUUAAUACUAUAAAUAAAUAACUAAUUGAAUGUACAAGUAUUCUAUUGAAAAUAUAGGGUCAUAAGUAAUAAAUCAUGUUUCUAUAUGACUCAAGUUCUCUUAUUGGCUAAGGGCCCUUAGAAAGUUGUCUCGUAAACAUAUUAACCUCGAGCGAUAUAUCAAAUGGUAAAUUUGACUUUCCAACACUUGACAAACAGCUGAAUUAAGUUAAGCAAUAUGAAGAAAGCUUUUAUUGGUGGUAGAAUGAACACAAUAUGAUAAAACGAUUUCAGUUUUGAGGCUUCAAGGUUUUAACCAUAGAUAUUUAUUUUAACAUAGGCAUAUUACCAGGGUAAAUAUACUAUUAUUGGGUUAAUAUCAUAAAUUGCAUAGAUAGCCAUACUCUACGUUAUAAAAGUUUACAAUGAUUCAAAUAACGAGAAACAAUAAAAAAUGGCUAGUAGUUACAAUAAAAAAAAUCUAAAUUGGAUCAGAUUAAAUGAAUAUUGGCCAUAUAAACCCAAAUGAUUCAAAUAACGAGAGACAAUAAAAAAUGGCUAGUAGUUACAAUAAAAAAAAUCUAAAUUGGAUCAGAUUAAAUGAAUAUUGGCCAUAUAAACCACCUCCCGAUCUUUCAUUUGUUGCUAAUAUACGAAAAUAAAGGAGUAGACAAUACCAUAAAAUUUAGGUAGUUGUGUUACCUUUUCAAUUAUGAAUUUAUUUCACUUGUAUAUCAUUGUUUACUAGAUAUACAGCAACAAUUAUAAUUUUUGUUAAAGACUGAAUUGCAAAACUUUUGAAACGUCAAAGGCAAUGAAGAUAAGAUCUUAAAAUUCAUAUUAUUUAAUAGAUUGAAUUUUUAGACUUUAUAUAUAUUGGUUUAAUGCAUUAGAGGUAACUCCAUUAUAUUUGCUUUAAGAUUGUGUAUAUAACACUGAAAAGAAGCAUAAUCUAAACUUUAGAUAUAAUUAUAUUAGGUAGAUCACUUCAGAUUGAAAUGACUGCAGUGAUAGCAGAAAUGAAUGCAUUUUAUAAAGAUCUGUACUUGCUAGUAAGGUUGUAUAUUAUGACUGUAACUAUUUUUAUACAUUUAUGUGAAACAAGUAUUGUGCAAUGGUAUUUUAAACUUGUUACAAUCAGAUGUUAUGUUCUUUCAUGAUAACAUUUGUAACUGUUACUUAUAUGAUUUAUAAUAAAAUUUUAAGGAUU